AGAUGGCGCUAAUGAGAACUCUGAGCGCUUGUGUGUCUGUAGCGGAGAAAGCAGGAGUAGUGCUAAGAGACAUCAUGGCUUCAGGUAAUCUAGGUAUAGUAGAUAAGGGAGGUAUAAACAAUCUGCAGACCUUGGCAGAUAAGAAGGCUCAGCUCCUGAUCGUUACUAGUCUUAUGAAACACUCCCCUAAGGCUACUAUAAUAGGAGAAGAGGACGAUAUAGACUACGAUACAGAGGAGGCGAGGAGUCUGAUCACCAUGGAUACCAGCAGUGAAGUUAUGGAACACUCCUGUCCUGAUAAACUAGCCGGUAUUAAUGAGGAGGAUCUUGUUAUUUGGUUCUUAAAAAACUGA